AUGGUCCACCAGUUAUGGUCAAUCGAAUCCUUUGGUACACAUCCGGAUGUGAAGGCGCCAAUCAGUGGAGACAACGCCAGAGCUCUAAAGCUGCUCGAAGAAAAUGUGCGCUACUUAGGUGAACGCUAUGAAGCGCCGCUCUUAUGGAAGCUGGAUCAACCCAACCUUCCUAACAACUAUUCCGUGGCACUAUCACGGUUCCACACAAUGGAUAGGAGUUUGAAAAAAUGUCCCGUGAAAGCCAAGUCUUACGAAGCCACCAUCAACGACUACAUCACGCAAGGGCAUGCCAUAAAAUUGCAAGGAAAUGAACUGGAAGGCCCGAUAGGUCUAACAUGGUACCUCCCGCAUCACGCAGUUUUUCAUCCGGACAAACCCGGAAAAUGUCGCGUAGUUUUCGACGGUGCCUCUACAUUUCGCGGAAUUUCUCUCAAUAACUGUCUGUUAACUGGCCCAGAUCUUUUGACGAGCUUAAUUGGAGUGUUGUUACGUUUGAGAGAAAGACCGAUAGCCCUUUCCGGGGAGAUCAAGGGAAUGUUCCACCAAGUCCGCGUCCGUCCUGCCGACAAGCACGCUUUACGCUUCCUCUGGAGAACCCCCGACACCGCUGGACCUCCGGACGUAUAUGAAAUGCAAGUUCAAAUUUUUGGUGCCGCGUCUUCGCCCACAGUUUGCUCUUAUGUCCUGCGCCGAGCUGCCGCCGAUAUCGAAGAAGAGUUCCCGGGCUUAGUCGAAAAGGUAGAAACCAACUGCUACAUGGACAACUACAUGGAUUCUUUUAAUACCGUAGAGGAAGCCAUAGAAUUUGGAAGCAAGUUCCAAGAAGGUUUGAAGAAAGGCGGCUUCCACUUGACACAAUGGAUGUCUACGUCACGGAAAGUGCUUCAAUCUGUCCCUAAAGAUCUCAGGUCUGAUCCAAAAUUGAACUUAAAUCUAGAAGCACUUCCGGCCGAGAAAACGCUUGGUGUCACACUCAAUUGGCAAGAAGACGUUUUCGUUUUUAAAGUGAAAAUUCAAGCCGGCUCCGACACCUACAGGACCAUCUUGAGUGAUGUUUGCGGACUGUAUGAUCCCCUCGGGUUUUGGACACCAGUCACUCUCACUACCAGAAUUUUACUUCAAGAUAUCUGCCGGAUCAAACCAGAAUGGGACGAGAUCUUACCUUAA